CUCCUCCAGAACACAAAACCGGCUCUUUCUUGUGAGAGCUGUCUUAACACUCUAGAUAGAUCUUCUCUCCCUGCAGGUGAACUGCUUCAGGAUUUAAAACAUCUCCCGUUCUUUGCUGGUGAACAGACCGUCUCGGAAGAUGUCCACUGAGUAUGUGAGACCCACACCCAAGGCUACAGAUAACAGACUGAAUGGCCAGGAUCAGUUCUAUCCCCUGUCAGACCUUUCGGAAGAGCUGAUAGAUGACUGUGAGAUGGAUGUAGGAAAAACACAGAGUGAAAAGCACCUGGACACCCAGCAGCAUGAACAGGAGCACAAAAAACCGCGGAGGAAAGACACACCUGUUCUUUACAUCCCACCCUUAAUCCCAGGUGUGAAACUGAUGAAAGAAGAGAAACGCGUCAUUUAUAUGGAAGAAGAAGAAACAGAAGGAAAGAAUUAGAUGAGCUUUGACAAAGGAUACCUGGCAGUUUCUGAUAAAAGUAGCUCUUUAAAUGACAAAUCUUAUUUCUAUCAUACCUAACUUACUCAAAAUAUUUUGGAGUGUAUUUUGUGCAACUCCCUCUCACAUUUGUUACCCAUUUACUUAAAUUUCUCAUUACUGUACAAAACAACUUCAAUUAAAUGUACAGACAAUCCCACCACUGCUUCUAGCUGUAACUACAGCUGACUCUUAAAGCGCCCCUGUACGUAAAAAGUGCUGCAGAUUCAUUUUGUUGCAGAAAAGAAAAAAAAAAAAGCUUGCAUGAAUUAGGAAGCUUCGGAAAGUCCUGAGUGACAGGAAUGUCAAAACGGUGCCGCAAACAACACUGACAACGUUAAAAAGAAUUAAACGGCAGGACGGCACUGGAACUCAAUCAAACAGGAGAGCUGUGGUGUAACGUAAACAGAAUGGCAUUAAUUAUCAAUAAAAAUGUCAUGUUCUGUAUUUAAAAA